CAUCAGCAUUUCCAACAGCUUUCACCCCUUUCAGUUUCGUCUCGUUACUCGUCAAAUUCGCUCCCACUAGGCCAACCGUAUCGAGACGUGAGAUAGGGCUCACUAGGCCUAGUUGUAGUCGCUCAUAGAGGCGAAAUCGAAUAGUUCUAACUGCACGUCCAGUUCAGCUGCAUGUAGCCCACCUGUCGCACAAAUCUGUAGCACACUUGUUACUGUAGCUUUUGGUGUCCUGUCACCUGACUUACGGAAGAUGUCAGCGCACACUUUGUUAUUUACCCUUUUAUAUGCGCUACUAAUUAAGUGCGAUACAUUCCCUGUAAGUGAUUGUCCUUGCAAGGAACCAGCUCUUUGUCAACCAGUUCAAAACAAGACUGAACAUGAGGUGUUUGUGUUUGAUGUUGGUGGAAAAGCGUGGAAUCAGUACGACUGGUCGAAAGUGACAACUAUUGCAACGUUUGGACCGUAUGAUGCCGAAUUGAUGUGUUACGCUCAUUCCAAAGGUGUCAGGCUGGUUAUGACAGGGGGUGUGUCUGUCAAAGACAUUGUAGAUCCCACCAACAGGACCACCUGGAUUAAGGAACAAGUCAUUUGGGCAAAGAUGCACUUCCUGGAUGGCAUCAACUUAGACAUAGAGCAGUCCAUCAAGGAAGAGUCCCCAGAGUACUUUGCCUUGACAGCGCUGGUUAACGAGACCACUGCUGCUUUCCACAGAGAGAUACCAGGUUCCCAGGUGUCUUUUGAUGUGCCCUUCUCGCCUAUAUGCGGUGGACGACACUAUGACUAUAAAGCCAUUGCGGAUGCUUGUGAUCUGCUUUUCGUGAUGUCUUAUGACAUGCACUGGGGCAUAGUGGCUGGACCUAAUUCACCAUUCAACAAGACAUUAACAGGUUAUGAACAGUACAUCAACAAGAAUAUUCAUCCUAAGAAACUGGUGAUGGGCGUACCAUGGUAUGGCUAUGAUUACCCUUGCCUCAACUUCACACAGGCUGGUGUGUGCAUCAUUAAGGCAGGCCCUUCAGUGGAGUGGCAGCGCUGCUACAGCGUCAUGAUGAAGCAGGUCAACAGCUCCAUGUCGGGCAGGAUCUGGGACAAGAAAUACCUCGCCCCUUAUUACAACUACAAGGCGGCAGGGGGUCAGGUGCACCAGGUGUGGUAUGACGACCCCCAGAGCAUCUCUCUCAAGGCGGCCUACGUCACCAAGCUGGGCCUCAGGGGCAUCGGCAUGUGGCAAGCUGACUGUCUGGACUACAGCGACAACCCCGUUGCCCAGCAACAAACCAAAGACAUGUGGGAUGCCCUGGUGGUGGCCAGGGACACUGUGUCAAGUGGAGUUGCCCUGGAGGGCAGAGGCAUGUUUCGCCAGCAAGAGGAUGUUUUCUGUCCGGAGCACUAUGAGCAGAAAAGGCAUCCUCCAUCUCUAUUCAGGCCAUAAUGGUUUUGUACUUAGAUUUAACAGCUGCCCUUUGAAGUCCAUUGUAAUAUUUGGACGAAAUAUUUGGACAAAAUAUUUGUUAUGAAUGUGCAAUCACUGACACUGCCAUGAAAGGAAUUACUGAGUUACAAUCAAAAAUGUAAUCUCUUGAAUUUUUUAUAUGCAGUCUCUUUUCUGUUGUGAUAAUUAUCAGGUACAUUAAGUAUGUUAUGGUGCAAGAAUAUUGUUUUUUCUGAAUGAAUGUGUCAUUUAAUGUGAUAUCAAUCUUUAAGUCACAUGUGAUUUUAAUAGAUUUUAAUUAUUUUAUAUUGCACUUUGUUGUUUGUUUGUUCUGUGUGGGGUUCCUGUCUGAUUGUACUGGUAUGUCCUGAUAUGUAUUUUUAUGUGUACUUUCUGUAUUACUGUAUGUGACUGUGGACCAAGAUCCUGGCGAAUAAACUGAAUUGAAUUGAAAGAAUUCGCUGUUGUAGCAUAUAUUAUAUUCAUUUGAGCAAUAGUCUAAAAAAUAUCUGGACUGAAUUUCUGUGCAUCCAUGGGUUUUUGAUACAGCUCUACAAUUGAUACAGCUCUACAAUUGGUCAUGGUUUUCUGAUUAAAUGUGUCGUACAAUGUGAUCUCAUCAACCUCAUGUGCUGAUGGAAAGAGUGUGAAGAAAACUUAAAUACACUUGUCUAGACUGGAUUUCUGUGCAUCCAUUUGUUUUCAGCUUUUUUCAGUUUACAGCUCUACAAUUGGUGAUGAUUCUGUUAAAUGAUGAUGAUGCCUUUGUGAAGAAAUGUUCACCUCUCUCUGUACAAAAGAAUAAACCCAAAGUUGCACUUGAUGUACU